AGACAAAGUGGAUGGAUAAAUACAUUCCUAGAGGGGUUAUGCAAGUAUCUCUCUUUUAGUAAACUGAAAGUCAAGGCAGACUUGAAGCAAGGGGAUCUUUUAAAUUCAUCAAACCUCGUAUGCUCUCUGAGUUUUGAUCGAGAUGGUGAAUUUUUUGCAACUGCUGGCGUAAACAAGAAGAUCAAAGUUUUUGAAUAUAAUUCGAUCUUAAAUGAAGAUCGUGAUAUCCAUUAUCCUGUGGUUGAAAUGGCAGGCAGGUCAAAGCUUAGCAGCAUAUGUUGGAAUGGCUAUAUCAAAAGCCAGAUCGCUUCAAGUAAUUUCGAAGGUGUGGUGCAGGUAUGGGAUGUUACAAGGAGUCAAAUUUUCAUGGAAAUGAAAGAACAUGAAAGGCGUGUCUGGUCUGUGGACUUCUCUGUAGCAGAACCAACAAUGCUGGCCAGCGGCAGUGAUGAUGGUUCAGUUAAGCUCUGGAAUAUCAAUCAGGGAGUAAGUGUUGGUACAAUCAAGACAAAGGCCAAUGUCUGCUGUGUUCAAUUCCCCUUAGACUCUGGUCGUUUCCUUGCUUUCGGUUCAGCAGAUCAUAGGAUAUAUUACUAUGAUCUACGCAACUCAAAAAUGCCUCUGUACACUUUAGGUGGGCAUAACAAAACAGUGAGCUACGUUAAGUUCAUAGAUUCAACGACUCUUGUGUCUGCAUCUACGGAUAACACAUUAAAGCUUUGGGAUUUGUCAAUGUGCACGUCACGAGUACUUAAUUGUCCUCUCCAAACAUUUACAGGCCAUCUGAAUGUGAAGGUA